AUGGAUAAAAUAAAUUGUGAAAAGAGGAUUGACAGGCAAUUAUAUUUGUUGAACUUAGUACCACGGGCAUGGGCAUCAAUGGAAGUUCACAUUCAUUAUGUGCGUGUUUAUCAUAAGAUUCUACGUGAUACGAUUGGUUCUGAAUCAAUUGGUCGUAAUUUUCGUGGUGGCUUUUGCAAAUUUGGGCUUUGUCCUGGUAUUACUGAGCAGUACAUUGUUGUUAUAAAUGUUAACCAGGUUAAUCUCAGCAGAUAA